UGCAAGGUGCGGAUCAUAUUAAUUUCCCGGUAAGUUCCCCAAGCGGAAUAACUACCCAAGCACUCAAAUGGCCAAACUAUCCAUAUGUUUUCCCAAAUUACAACCCCUUCUUUCCCUUUUCUUCCUCAUCUUCAUAUCCUUCAAUGUAAUUUCACAAAGCAUUGAAACAGAACGUACAAUUCUUCUCAAACUAAAGCAACAACUGGGUAAUCUGCCGGCCAUUCAAUCAUGGAAUGCCUCAUCCUUGCCGUGUUCUUGGCCGGGAAUCAACUGCACUCGGGGUUCAGUCACCGUCGUUUCGCUCCGCAAUAUGAACAUUACGGUUAAAAUCCCACCAACAAUCUGUGACCUUAAGAACCUCAAUGUCCUUGAUCUGGCCUACAAUUAUAUCCCUGGUGAGUUCCCAAAACUGCUGUACAAUUGCUCCAAGCUCCAGUACUUAGACCUCUCCAUGAACUACUUUAUCGGCCCCAUUCCCGACGAUAUUGAACGGUUAUCGACUCUGCUUUACUUAGACGCCAGUUCCAACAAUUUUUCCGGUGACAUUCCGCCGAGUAUUGGCCGAUUACCGGAGUUGCGAGAACUCCAUCUUGACGGGAAUGAGUUCCACAAUGUCACUUUUCCGGAGGAAAUCGGAAACCUAUCCAAUCUUGAGCAUCUGGCUAUGGCCUAUAAUGGGUUUGCGCCCAUGAAGAUACCUGAUAGGUUCAGUCAAUUGAAGAAACUGAAGUACUUAUGGAUGACGGAAACAAAUUUAAUCGGCCAAAUUCCGGAAGGCAUCGCCGACCUGUCCAGUCUGGAGUGGUUGGAUUUGGCUGAGAACAAGUUGGAAGGCUCGAUUCCUAGCAGGCUUCUCAUGCUGAAGAAUCUGACCAUUUUGUAUCUCUUCAGCAACACACUAUCCGGCGAGAUACCCAGAGCGGUAGAAGCUUUAAAUUUGGUAGAAAUUGAUCUUAGCGUGAAUAAUUUGUCGGGCACCAUACCGGAGGAAUUCGGGAAGAUGCAGAAUCUGGUGUUCUUUGUUCUGUCUUCGAAUCAGUUAACAGGGGAGGUGCCGGUCGGUUUGAGUCGACUUCCGGCCUUGAAGAUUUUCCGGGUUUUUAACAAUAGUUUGAGUGGAAUAUUGCCGCCAGAUUUUGGCCUCCACUCAAAGCUCGAAGGUUUUGAGGUGUGCAUCAAUCAAUUCACUGGCCAACUACCGGAAUUUUUAUGCGCAGGUCGUGUUCUACAGGGAGUGGUUGCAUUUUCAAACAACCUCAGUGGACAAAUACCGGCAUCGCUUGGAAAUUGCAGCACCCUCCAAAUCGUUCGGCUUGAGGACAACCACUUUUCAGACAACCGAAUCCUAAAUCUUCCAGACUGCAGCUCCACACUUCACCAACCCCAAAAACUGUCCUCUAAAUAUCUUCCCCUGAUUCUGGCUCUUGCUGUCGUGGUCACCAUUGUUACUGUUAUAUUGACCUUGUUCAAGUUCAGAGACUACCGGCCGGAAAAAUAUCUUGCGACAUUGAAGCUAACUACGUUCCAGAGAUUGGAUUUCACGGAAGUGAAUAUCUUGUCCAGUUUGACUGAUAAUAAUUUGAUUGGAAGUGGUGGGUCUGGAAAAGUGUACAAGAUUGGCAUUAAUGGGUUAGGUGGAUUUGUAGCGGUAAAGAGGAUUUGGAAUGAGCAGAAACUGGAUCAUAAGCUGGAGAAAGCGUUCAAAGCAGAGGUUGAAAUUCUGGGCAGCAUUCGUCAUGCCAGCAUAGUGAAGCCGCUGUGCUGCAUUUCGAGUGAGAAUUCGAAUCUUCUGGUGUAUGAGUACAUGGAGAAUGAGAGCUUGUAUAGGUUGCAAAUUGCAAUUGGAGCUGCUCUGGGACUUCGCUACAUUCACCAUGACUGCUCUCCACGCAUCAUUCAUCGUGAUAUCAAGUCCAGCAAUAUUCUCUUGGAUUCAGAAUUCAAGGCAAGGGUUGCGGUUUUUGGACUUGCGAAAAUGCUAACUAGGCAAGGGACGCAUCACACCGUGUCUGCAGUUGCAGGAUCUUGUGGUUAUCUCGCCCCAGAAUAUGCGUAUACAACAAAGGUGAAUGAAAAGAUUGAUGUCUAUAGCUUUGGCGUGGUACUUCUGGAGUUGGUGACGGGAAGAGAAGCUGACAGAGGAAAUGAGAACACAGGCCUCGCAGCAUGGGCAUAGCAGCAUUGGGCAGAGGAAAGACCUUUGGUUGAAUUAUUUGAUCCGGCGAUUUACGAUAGAUGACCAGAGUAUGCGAGCUGGGGCUUGCAUGUGCAAGCGAUUUACCAUCUUCAAGGCCUUCCAUCAAGAAAGUUCUGCAGUCACU